GGGAGAAAAACUCUUGCCUCUGUUUCAGGUACCCUGCUUGAAGUAUCCCAGAACACAGCUGAGGGCAAGACAACUUCUGAAAAACCCAAACAGAAGAAGAACCGCUGCUUCACUUGCCGGAAGAAGAUCGGGCUAACUGGCUUCGACUGCCGCUGCGGGAACCUGUUCUGUGCCAUCCACCGGUACUCCGACAUGCACGCCUGCCCCUAUGACUACAAGGCAGAAGCCGCCGAGAAGAUCCGUAAGGAGAACCCGGUCGUUAUCGCUGAGAAGAUCCAGAAGUUGUGAAGGGGGCUGAGCAGCUGGAACUGCAGCCAGGUGGCCUGCUUGCUCCUCUCCUUCCUCCCAGCCUUCCCCCUCUUCCUCCCAGCCCCAUCAGUGGUGCGAUGGGGACUCCAGCAGCACACCCGAACCAGCACCUGGACACGGAGACCCCUCACAUCUCUUUGGCAGAC